AUGGCUAUUCCGUUCAUCGGAAGGCUUCGUCCCUAUGAGUAUUUUGCACUCAUAGGAUCUUUUCUUCUUGUCGGUCUCGAAGCAGUUAUUCGAGUAUUGACUUUGGCUUUGCCCCCAUUUCUAGUUUCGUUGUUCUACAGAGCCUCAAGACGGCUCUUCAAUAGAUUCUCCGCUCCCUCGAGGAGAAGGGCGGAGAGUAAACGCAAAUCUAUAUCGACUUCAGUGCGAGAUGCGUCUGACUUUGUCGAGCUGUGCCGUAUUUGGGGAUAUGAGGCAGAAGAACAUAUUGCUCAGACCAAAGAUGGCUAUCUCUUAGGCCUUCACCGACUUCAGUGGAGGAAGGGAGAAGAAGGACAGAAAGUCAAUUAUGGCCCAUCAAGUCUGAAGAAAAAGGUCAUCUACAUGCACCAUGGUCUUCUCAUGAACUCUGAGGUCUGGGUUUCUCUUACUGAUGCUCAGAGAUGUCUACCCUUUGAGCUAGUAGAGAGAGGCUACGAUGUCUGGUUUGGCAACAAUCGAGGCAACAAGUACUCCAAAAAGUCCAUUCAUCUGUCACCAACCUCGCACGCCUUCUGGGACUUUUCUAUCGACGAAUUCGCCUUCCAUGAUAUCCCAGACAGCAUUAGCUACAUCCUCGAAACGACUCAGCAGGAGAGCCUUUCGUACAUUGGCUUCUCCCAAGGUACAGCUCAGGCGUUCGCCAGCUUGGCCAUCCACCCCAAGCUCAACAACCAGGUCAAUGUUUUUAUUGCUCUCGCGCCUGCUAUGGCACCCGCCGGCUUAUCUAAUGGAAUUGUCGACGCACUUGUCACGGCAUCGCCUUCUGUUCUGUUCUUAUUGUUUGGUCGUCGUUCCAUUCUGAGUUCCGCAACUAUGUGGGAGACAAUCUUGUACCCGCCCAUUUUCAGCAAACUCAUCGACAUGGGUCUCUCGUUCCUAUUCAACUGGCAGACACUCAACAUCUCGGCAAGCCAAAAACUGGCGGCAUACCCCCAUCUAUACUCCUUUACAAGCACCAAAAGUGUGGUUCAUUGGUUCCAGAUUAUUCGCAACAAGUGCUUCCAGAUGUAUGACGAUGACGUUCACCAGCCGAUCAGCGUUAGCUCAAGCAGGAAAUACUCCAAGGUUGCUAAGUACCCGACUCGAAAUAUCAAGACACCAAUUGUUCUGGUGUAUGGAGGAAGUGACUCCCUGGUUGACAUCAAGGUGAUGUUGAAGGAACUACCACCCCAGACGGUGGCGACGGAGAUUCCUCACUACGAACACCUCGACUUCCUCUGGGCACGAGACGUGGACUCGCAGGUAUUCCAGCACGUAUUUGAUGCGCUUGAUAGUUUCACCGAUGCCGAGCACACAAAGGAAGAGUAUGAUCGAUACUAUGUCAGCCGGCAAGAAAGUCUUUUAGGUUCAGGAUACGCAUAUGCUCAGGCCCAUCACGGGAGUGAGAGCGAAUCCUCAACACUUACCCCUAGUCUCGAAGGGACCAGCAUCACCCAGCUUCUGCCCCAGCCCCAACCUGAGCCCCAACCGCACCGAGCACGAGAACCAGUCUCCGCAAUCCCAUCGCCAAAGAACACAACGAGACACAGGGUGACAUACUCUAUUGACAAGUCUACGGACGAUCGGCCGACGACCCCAGAUGUGUUCCAGAGCGAGCGGCCCGCAGGAAGAGAAUCGCCAGUGGAGCGUGUAGAGUCGCCAAUUCCAGCCAGAGUAAAGGCCGGUGUUAAGCGCAGCGGAAGCGUUGCAAGCAACAUCAGCCUAGACGGCACGCGAGAAGGUCGGGGAAUCAGUGUAGGUCGAGGGAUCAGUGUCGGUGCGAGUAAAGCCGCUGGUGGUAUAGUGACUACGAGCGGUUCCGGCGUAACACACGUGGAUGAUAGCUCUGCGAGGGACAGCUCUACGGACAAGAAAAAGAAGAAGUAG